GCGCGCGGGCGCUGUCAGGGCCGGAUUGGUCUUCUGGGGGACGGAAGCGGACCGCGUCGGGAGCUGCAGGAGCCUGGCGGGGGCGAUGCGGAGCGUGGGCCGUGGCGCCGCUGCGGGGCCGGUGCUGCUGGCGCUCCUGCUAGCGCUCUUGGUACCAGGCGGUGGUGCCACCAAGACCGGCGUGGGGCCUGUGACCUGCGGGUCAGUGCUGAAGCUGCUCAACACGCAACACAGGGUGCGGCUGCACUCGCACGACAUCAAAUACGGGUCCGGGAGCGGCCAACAGUCUGUGACCGGUGUGGAGGCGUCGGAUGACGCCAACAGCUACUGGCGGAUCCGCGGAGGCCCGGAGGGCGGGUGCCCGCGCGGCUCCCCCGUGCGCUGCGGCCAGGCGGUGCGGCUCACGCAUGUGCUCACCGGCAAGAACCUGCACACGCACCGCUUCCCGUCGCCGCUGUCCAACAACCAGGAAGUGAGUGCUUUUGGGGAAGAUGGCGAGGGUGACGACCUGGACCUGUGGACAGUGCGGUGCUCCGGACAGCACUGGGAGCGUGAGGCUGCUGUGCGCUUCCAGCAUGUAGGCACUUCUGUGUUCCUGUCCGUCACCGGUGAGCAGUACGGGAGCCCUAUCCGUGGGCAGCACGAAGUGCAUGGCAUGCCCGGUGCCAACACGCAUAAUACAUGGAAGGCCAUGGAAGGCAUCUUCAUCAAGCCUGGUGUGGAGCCUUCUGCCGGCCACGAUGAACUCUGAGUGUGUGGAUGGGUGAAUGCAAAGUGGCAGGGUAGGACAUCUGUAAGGCUGCUCUUGCUGGAGACUUUGGGUGUGUAGGGGUCCUCAAGUGCCUUUGUGAUUAAAGAACGUUGGUCUGUGAUUGUA